AUAAUUAGUAAUUUCAUAGGCAAACUCUAGAGACAAGAUCGCUGUUUUGUCUUUUAUAUGGAAAAUAAGAAUGGCAUUGUCUGUGGUGUAACUUCGAAUGAUGCUGGAGCUGUUCAAAAGGAUGGAAACUCAGAAUUCCUGCAUCCCAAAUUUCAUGGCUGGUUUGCUGAGCAUUGCCCUAUUUGGCCAGGAGAAGCACACUUCUUAAAGGUAGAAAAAGUUCUGUUUCAAGGGCAGUCAAAGUUCCAAAGCAUGAUGGUGUUCCAGUCAUCGUCUUAUGGCAAGGUUUUUGUUCUGGAUGGAGCUCUCCAACUCACCGAGAAAGAUGAAUGUGCUUACCAGGAAAUGAUAACUCACCUUCCUCUUUGCUCUAUUCCUAACCCAAAAAAGGUUCUGCUAAUUGGGGGAGGAGAUGGUGGUAUCUUGAGGGAAAUAUCUCGCCAUGCUUCUGUCCUCCAGAUUGAUAUAAGUGAGAUAGACACAAUGCUAAUUGAUGUGUAUAAGAAAUUCUUCCCUAAGAUUGCCAUUGGAUACAAGGACCAUCGUGUAACACUUCAUGUUCAAGAUGGAACUGCAUACUUGCAGUCUGUUCCAAGUGGAACAUAUGAUGCAAUCAUAGUGGAUGCAUUCGAUCCUAUAAGACCUGCACAUGAGCUUUUUGAAACUCCAUUCUUUGAGUUGGUGGCUAAAGCUCUAUGUCCGGGAGGAGCAUUGUGUAUUCAGGCAGAAAGCCUGUGGUUUCAGCCACCCCUCAAUCUUGAAGAAGUGACUGCAAGUUUCCGGAAAGUAUUCAGAGGCUCCAUUGAGUAUGCCUGGACAGUUGUUCCUACUUAUCCCAGUGGGGUGAUUGGUUUCAUGCUUUGUUCCACUGAGGGGCCACAUGUCGACUUCAAGAAUCCUAUCAACCCUAUCAAUCCUGAUCACGUUUCUGGUGUGGCAGAAGGACCCUUGAAAUUUUACAACUCAGAGGUCCACUCUGCUGCAUUUUGUUUGCCUGCUUUUGCAAAGAAAUCAUCCAUUGGCUCCAAGGCUUAAUUAAACAGAAUAACGUGCAACAGAAGAGAGGCAACAAGCCAGAUUCAACAUCAUAUGUUUUUUGUCCUCUGUGUUUGUUUUUCCUCUGUCAGCAUUUUUUAUAUGAAGAAACUCAAAAUUUUUUU